CUGUUCCUAGUAUUAUAACAAAUACAUCUCUGCCUAACAUUACGAAUUGGAUUUUGUGUACUCCAGAUUUAAUCUUGCCGUUUGAAUAUAAUCACGAGCAGGCCGAAAUUGAAAAAGUCGAAAAAUUAUUUGACUUCAAUAAUUAA